GUAACUAACAAACUAACUGUCACCCUUAGCAGGCAUUGUAAACAGAAAGAAAGCAGAAAAGCUGACCGGGAUGUUGGCAUCGCUUUUAACUAGCUCAGGUCUUUAACACAGCUAUGCCUUUUAUCCACCAGUGAAUAGUUUCUUUCAAACCUGAGAAGUUCAGUCAGCAUCUGUGAGAUAGUAAAUUAAAGGGACAUCUCAUGUAGUUAAUUAGGGGUUUCACAAAAGGCCUAUAGAUGUGGGAUUCAGAGGAGUUCAGUUGCCGUGACUGCCACAUGGCUUUCCGGUCGGGGGGGCUCCUGGAUAAGCACAAAGCUCGCUUCUGCCUGGGGAGUGAUAUUGGAGACCCAGCCGUGCUUCGACAGGGUCGUGUGGAGUUCGCCAAACCCAAGAGGAGCACCUGGAGGGGGCUGGGGCCCAGCAGGACCACCACUCCUGCCCUUAUCAGUCAGAGAGCGGCGUGUACGAGGCAGAUUAAGGCAGGGGCCGAGGGGGGUGACCCCCAAGGCAGCACGACUGACAGCGCUACUCUGAGAAGACUGACCAAUGAGUUUCUCAAGCUAAGGAUGUCCAUUCAGGAGAGUAUGAGCAGUCUGCCUCAGCAGCCAGUGUCAGAGAGUGUUUCAGCGGUCCCAGAGGUGUCUCAGGUGGCGCGCGGUGAGAGGCUGAGGGAGAUGUGGGAGCAGCACGGCCACCAGCUGGCUGAGAUCAGGGCCCACACUGGCCACCUGGAGCAGCAGAGGGAGGAGAUUGAACGGCGAUUGGCUGCAUUGUCUGGACUGAGUAGUACGGCUCAUCUGGAGAGUCUGCUGCAGGAGUUGAGGGAGCAGGAGGAGAGGAAUGAGGAGGCCCUGCAACACCUCAGAACACAGAUCAGCGUCCUGCAGGCACAACAACAGCGAGCCAAAGACGCCGACGCUCCUCCAGACUUCCCUGAAGACAGAAGGACACAGCAUGUUACUUUUGACCUCAUAUCCUCUGUGGAUGGACCGCUCUCCAACCAAAUAAGGUCUCUGAGGUUAGCUUACAUGCAGUCGGGUGGUUCGGACCCGGAGAUUCUGGCUCAGAUGCAUGACCUGCAGGCAGAGGCUCACACACUGGAACAAAGCCAGCUCAAAGAGGGCCACAAGAACAGCAAGAGAAGAGUAAAACUCCGGCCGCAGGCUGCAGAGCUGACCUCACUGGAGUCGGACAACCAGCAACUAGAACAGGAGAUCUUCAGGAUCCAGUUGCUCCGGCAGAGGCAUCGAGGGGAGGAAGCAGGUGCAGAGUUCCAGCUGAUGCAGAGGCAGCAGCUGCAGCAGCUGGCAGGCCUGCAGGGGGAGAUAGAGAGCCUACGUCAUGAGGUGGCGAGGACCAGGGCAAACCGCCAAGCCCCUCCACCCCCACCCCCACCCCUCUUUCCUGGACCAGGGGCUCAGCUACACCCCCACGCUUCUCCGGAGCAGCGUAAGGCACAGACUUCCCUGCUCAGUAGACAUCUCCUGAACCCGCGAGACACACUGGGGCCUGCUCCAUAUGAUCCUGCAGCUGGCUUUGUGAUGUUCUACGAUAUGGUGGUUGGUGUGGAUGCCACCCUCACAGCGCUGCGUCUGGUGGUAGGACUCUUCUGUCUGGGCCAGGAGCUGGGUCGCCCCACCCCCCUGCCCCCUGUGCAAUGCCAACCUGCGGGGUCUCUGCCUUACCCCUACAGCAUGCCCACUGGCAACUAUGCCAUCCUGUCUGCCAAGCAGCCAGUGCCCAGGAUCCAGCCGUCCCCCUCCCUUUCCUUGCUGGUGGAGGUUCAGGCAGCUGGAGGUCUGGACCCGUAUGGUCAGGACCUGGUGUCCCGUGGUUGGACCCGGCUGCAACUCUUUGACCAGCACAACCAGGUGCUGAGUGGCUACUGGAGGGUGCCCAUUAGGAUCUUACCUGUGAAACCAUCCCUGUCAUCUGGACAGCUCAACUCAGUGUCUCAGCUCGGUAAUAUGGAGUUAUGCCUGAGAGUGACAAAUGCACGUGAUGGUGAGGUUCAGUCUCUUGCUGAAAUUGAUCCAAGCCACACCAGCCAUUACAAGUACCCUGCCUUGGCCUCUGGAACAUAUGGAGGGAGUGCACCACCUCACCUGACAGCAUUGCAGCCUUUCUCCAAUUCUGCUCUCUCUGCUCCUUCCUCUAUCGAUCAGGUGGACCCUCCCACUGUGGAGGAGUCCAGUCAGAGGUGAGAAAGAGAUCUAGCCCCAACCCUCAUGUGUCACUCAAAUUCAGAUCAUUCUAUCAUUCUACUCUUUUACAGACUGAAAGAACCCUCUUCUUUUAGACUGGUCUCUGGAUCAUUUGGCCUUAUGUCAUUUCAGUAUUUCAGAACUCAGGGUUGGGGCCUCUUUCUCACCAUGGUGAAUGUUGAUUGAAGUCUCUACAUUAAUGUGUCAAAUAAUUGUGGGGUGCUGAUUCAUGCAUGAUAUUUGUAUAAAUUAAUUUAAAAUGAUUGCCAAUCUGGAACUCUUUUUUCCUAUUUUGUUAAAGAACAGCAUGCAUGGUCUUAGCUUUUCUAUGUUCUAUGUAUCUGAACUGUUUCAUUUUAUUUAGUCAUCUAUGUCAAUUUGUGAAAGAGA